CGCCCACCUCAGGGACCGGCCACGUCCCCCCCACCAUGUGCCUGCCCCGCUGGCUCGUGCUGCUGGCCAGCCUUGUCCCCCCGGCCCUCAGCUCGUGGGGGGUUUCCUACCCCCAGUCCGUGCAUGGCAUCGGGGGGUCCUGCGUGGUGGUCCCGUGCACCCUGAGCUACCCCGAGGGCAUGAGCACCGCCGAGGGCAUCGUGGCCAUCUGGUACAAGGACUACGACAGCAGCAAGACCCCGGUGUUCCACUCGGCCGCCCCCCAGGAGGUGGAUGCCCGGUUCAGGGGCCGUGCCCAGCUCCUGGGGGACCCCGGAGCCCGGAACUGCACCCUGCUGCUGCGGGGGGUGACCCCGGAGGACGGGGGGCCCUACAGGUUCCGCUUCGAGAUCGUGGGCGGUGAUCGGUGGUCGGCGGAGCGGGACGUGGUGCUGAGCGUGUCGGAGGAGCUGCAGCCCCCGAGCGUCGCCGCCCCCCAGGAUGUGAGGGAGGGGCAGAGCUGCAGCCUGGAGUGCUCCACGCCCUACGCCUGCCCCUGGGACGACGCCGUCCUGCGCUGGGAGGGCCACGACCCCCGCGUGGCCACCGUGUCCGGGCGGCUCCAGAUGGACACCAGCGGGGUGGGACACCACCUGACCCUCAGCACACCCCUCUCCUGGAGGGACCACUCCAAGAAGUUGCUCUGCGAGGUCUCCCACGGCUCCAGGAAGGCGAGCACGGAGGUCGUGCUGCGGGUGAGACACGCCCCCAAGGACGUCCAGGUGGAGGUCAGUCCCUCCUCGGGGAACAUCCACGUGGGUGACACGGUGUCCCUGACCUGCGAGGUGGGCAGCAGCCACCCCCCCGUGUCGGGGUACCGUUGGUACAAGGACGGGGCCGCGGUGGGCACCGAGAGGGUGCUGACCCUGCGGGGGGUGCGGCGGGAGGACCACGGGCGGUACCACUGCGAGGCCCAGAACGCCCUCGGGGCCAGCACAGCGCCCGCCACGACCCUCCACGUGUUCUCCGCAGAGAUCUCGGCGAGCCCCGCGGCCGAGGUGCUGGAGGGGACGGCCACCACCCUGUCCUGCGACGUGCCCGGCCGGGAGGGGCAGGAGCUGAACUACACGUGGUACAGGAACGGCGCGUGGCUCAAGGAGGGCACGGCCCACACCCUCCUCUUGCCCGCAGUGGCCGCCAGCGACGCCGGCUACUACUCCUGCAAGGUGACAAACAGGCAGGGCAGUGACACGGCCCAGCCCCUCAGCCUCAGCGUGACGUAUCCCCCCCGGACCCCCACCCUGACGCUCUUCCAGGAGACCCAGGGGGGCCGGCUGGCCGUUGUCCGCUGUGCCGUGGACAGUCACCCUCCGGCCACCCUGGCCAUCGACCGCGACGGCACCGUACUGGCCACCAGCGAGGUUCAGGUGGCCCCGCCCCAGAGGUUCGGUGUCGCCGCCUCCCGCAACGCCCUGCGCCUGGAAAUCAGGGAUGCGGGGCCCCGGGACAGCGGGAAGUACCGCUGCACCGCCAGCAACGCCCACGGCAGCGCCAGCGCCACCAAGGUCCUGGUCACCCGCGCCGCAGAGCUCCUGAUCCAGCCCUCGGCGGAGGUGCCGGAGGGGACCGCGGUCACCCUGACCUGCGUGGGGCCGGGGGACACGGCGGGGGAGCCCCUCUACACGUGGUACAGGAACGGGAAGAGGCUGCGGGAGGGCCCGGCCCCGACCCUGCGCUUCCCCUCCGUCCGCGGGGACGACGCCGGCGCCUUCCAGUGCCGGGUCCGGGGCACCAACAGCAGCGACGCGUCGGGGGCCGUCCCGCUCCGGGUGCUCUACCGCCCGAGGCCGCCGGUGCUGAGCUCCUUCCUGCAGACGCGGGGUGGGCGCCUGGGGAUCAUCCAGUGCUCCGUGGAGAGCGACCCCGAGGCCAACCUGACCCUGCGCAGGGGGGACACGCUGCUCGCCUGCACGGGGGGCUGCCCCCCCGCCCCCAGGGUCAGAGUGACCCCCUCCUACAACAGCCUGAGGGUGGAGAUCCAGGACGUGGUGCUGGAGGACGAGGGCACCUACGUGUGCCAGGCUGGGAACGCGCAGGGAAAUGCCAGCGCCGCCCUGGAGUUCAGGGCUGACACUGCCACCGUCACCGUGUCCCCAUCGCCCCGCGUGCUGGAAGGUGACAGUGCCAACCUCACCUGCCACCUGAGCAGCGACUCCCCGGCCGUGCCCAACGUCACCUGGUACCACAACGGGCAGUGGGUGGCCGAGGGCCCCACGCUGGUGCUGGGCCACGUGGCCAGCGCGGAUUCAGGGCUGUACCAGUGCAGGGCCAGCACCGGGAGCGGCACCAGGAGCUCCCCCGAUGUUCUCCUGGAUGUGCUGUACCCCCCUCGGGAGCCGCUCCUGCGGGCGUUCCUGGAGGUGGAGCGGGGCCGCCUGGCCGUGCUGGAGUGCUCGGUGAGCAGCAACCCCCCCGCCCGGCUGGCGCUGCUGCGGGGCCCGGAGCUGGUGGCCACCGGCGAGGGCGGGAGCAGCCCCCGGGUGCGUGUCAAGGCCGCCCCCAACUCCCUGCGCGUGGAGAUCCGCGAGGUGACACCGGCGGACGACGGGAGCUACCGGUGCUCGGCCACCAACGGGCUCGGCACUGCCGAGACGCGGCUGUACCUGCGCGUCCAGGCUGCCCGAGUCCUGGUGUCACCGUCCUCGGAGGUGCUGGAAGGAGACAACGUGUCCCUGACGUGCCAGGUGCCCGGAGAGCCCCCGGGUGACACUGUCUACUCCUGGUACAAGGACAGCGAGCGGCUGCAGGAGAGCCCGGGCAGUGUCCUGGAGCUGCCCCGUGUCACCAGCGCUGCCACCGGCUCCUACCACUGCCGGGCCCGCGGCCCCGCGGGGACCAGCGCGUCCCCCGCUGUCACCCUGCGCGUGUCCUACCCUCCACGGGCACUGGUGCUGAGCACCUUCCUGGAGCCCCCGCCGGGGCAGGCUGGGGUCCUGCAGUGCUCCGUGGACAGUGUCCCCCAGGCACAGCUGGCCCUCUUCAAGGACGGGGCUCUGGUGGCCUCCACGGCGCUGCCACAGCCGGACCCCGGGCCACGGCUCAGUGUCACCCGGGCCACCAACGCCCUGCGGGUGCAGUUCCACCCCGUGCUGCUGCAGGACGAGGGGCGGUACCUCUGCGUGGCCACCAACGCCCACGGCAACGCCAACGCCACCGGCAACUUCACAGCGGGCACCGUCAGGGUGCGGAUCCUGCCGGCCCCGGAGGUGCGGGAAGGCGGCAAUGCCACCCUCACCUGCGCGGUGGCGGGCGGGGCCGAGGAGGUGCUGAGCUACUCCUGGUACAGGAACGGGGUGUGGCUGCGCAGCGGCCCCUCCCCAGCCCUCGCCCUGCCCCGGCUCUCUGCCUCCGACACCGGCUCCUACCACUGCUCCAUCCGGACCCCCGCCCGCAACCGCAGCGCCGCCCCCGCCCCGCUCAGCGUCCUCUACCCCCCCAGGAACCUGCAGGUGAAAUCCUUCGUGGAGAGCAGCGAGGGCACAGCCAUCAUCCUGCUCUGCUCCGUGGACAGCAAUCCCCUGGCGCAGCUCACCCUGCUCAGGGGGGGGCAGCCGGUGGCUUCCAGCCCCCCCCGGGGAGGGGACGCCCCCCGGCAGAGCGGCCAAGUGUCCCCCUCUCCCAACACGCUGAGGCUGGAGCUCCGGGAAGCGUCUGAGGAGGACGAGGGCGAGUACGAGUGCCAGGCACGGAGCCCCCUCGGCAGUGCCCACGUGUCCCUGACCCUGCGGGUGCAGGCCGUCAGGGUGGUCGUGCGACCCUCCACCGAGGUGCCCGAGGGGACGGAGGUGACACUGACGUGCCAGGACCCCCACGCCCCUCCCGGGACCCUGUACACGUGGUUCAGGAACGGGCAGUGGGUGGCGGAGGGACUCGGUGCCUCCCUCGGGCUCCGCGGCCGCCGCUCCGACGCGGGGCUCUACUCCUGCCAGGCGGGCAGGGGGCACCGGGCCCCCCCCGCCGCCCUCAGGGUGCUCUAUGCCCCCCAGGAGCCCACCUUCACCUCCCUGGUGGACCCGCGGGGGGGGCGACAGGCCGUCCUGCUCUGCUCCGUCGACAGCUUCCCCCCCUCGGACAUCGCCGUGAGCCGGGGGCCCGGGCAGCCCCCCCUGGCCUCCACCCGCGGCCCCUCCGACCCCCGCUUCGAUGUGCAGGCCACCCCCAACUCGCUGCGGGUGGCGCUGGGGGCGCUGGCGCUGCGGGACACGGGGCUCUACGUGUGCUCUGCCAACAACAGCCACGGCUCCGCAGCCGCGGCCCUGCGGCUCCCCGGGGCAGGGGUCACGGUCACGGUGGAGCCGUCACCAGAAGUGCCCGAGGGCGGCAGAGCCACCAUGACCUGCUCGGUGCCCCCUUGGUGGGGCGAAGGUGCCAACUACACGUGGCACAGGGACGGGCUGUGGCUGCGGGAGGGACCGUCCCCCUCCCUCGUCCUGCCCCGCGUCUCCAGCGCCGACUCCGGCUCCUACGGCUGCCGGGCCAGCGGGGCCUGGGGCACGGCCAGCUCGACCCUCCUCGGCCUCAGCGUCCUCUAUCCUCCCCGGGACGUGUCUGUCAGCACCUUCCUGGAGAACCGCAGCGGGCGGGCGGGCAUCGUGCUGUGCAGGGCCGACAGCCACCCGCCCUCCUCCCUGGCCCUGCUCCACCAGGGCCGGCUCCUGGCCUCCAGCCCGGCCCCCCCCGCCAUCCCGGGGGUCCGUGUGGCCCCCUCCCACAACGCCCUGCGGGUGGAGCUGGGGCCGCUGGGCCCGGGGGCCGCCGGGCUCUACCUCUGCGUGGCCACCAACGCCCUGGGCAACGCCACGGCCAGCGCCCACUUCGACGUGAACACCCUCACCCACCUGCUGACCUUCACCGUCCUGGCCGGGCUGCUCCUGACCCUCGUCUGUGUGGCCGCCCUGGGCCUCCUGGCUGUGAAGAUGUGGCCCAGGAUCAGGAGGUUUCGGGGCUGGUCGGGUGCCGAGGACACCUUGGAGCUGAGGAGCAAACAGGAGCAAGCACAGGUGGAUGGAGCAUGUUAACCUGGUGGCUCUUGGACUCAGGACCAUCUGUGGCAGCUGGUGCUGGAAGUUCACGGUCCUGGCCUGGCUGGAUCCAGGCAGCCCCCAUCCCUGGGAACACCCAACCCCA